CAAGAGCAGAGAACACUGGGCAGUUGAAGAGGCAGCCAGAGCACGAAGAAGCCAACGGCAGUUCCAGGGAGCAGGAAGAGAAGCAGCAGAAGUCUUGGCGUCUGAACCCUAGCCGAGCCAAGAUGGGCGACUGGAGCUUUCUGGGAGAGUUUCUCGAGGAAGUACACAAGCACUCCACGGUGAUCGGCAAGGUCUGGCUCACUGUCCUCUUUAUAUUCCGCAUGCUUGUGCUGGGCACGGCUGCCGAGUCUUCCUGGGGGGAUGAGCAGGCUGAUUUCCAGUGUGAUACCCUCCAGCCUGGUUGCGAGAACGUCUGCUACGACCAAGCCUUCCCGAUCUCCCACAUUCGCUACUGGGUGCUGCAGAUCAUCUUCGUCUCCACGCCCUCUCUGGCGUACAUGGGCCACGCCAUGCACUCGGUGCGCAUGCAAGAGAAGCGGAAGCUGCGGGAGGCCGAGAGGGCCAAAGGGGUCCAGGGCGCUGCGUCCUAUGAAUACCCGGUAGCCGAGAAGUCCUGCUGGGAGGAAGUGCAUGGAAAGGUUGUGCUCCAGGGCACUCUGCUCAACACCUAUGUCUGCAGCAUCCUGAUUCGCACCACCAUGGAGGUGGCCUUCAUUGUGGGCCAGUACCUUCUCUACGGGAUCUUUCUGAAAGCCCUGCACGUCUGCCGCAGGAGUCCCUGCCCCCACCCUGUCAACUGUUAUGUAUCCCGGCCCACGGAGAAGAAUGUCUUCAUUGUCUUUAUGCUGGCUGUGGCGGGACUAUCCCUCUUCCUCAGCCUGGCCGAACUCUAUCACCUGGGCUGGAAGAAGACCAGACGGCAUUUUUUCAAGUCGCGGCAGGACCUGGCUAAGUGUCAGCUUCCUGGCCUUUCUGCGGGCAUAGUCCAGACCUGCACGCCACCCCCUGACUUCAGUCAGUGCCUGGAGAAUGGCCCUGGGGGAAAAUUCUUUAGUCCCUUCAGUAAUAAUGUGGCCUCGCAGCAGAACACAGACAACCUGGCCACUGAGCAAGUGCAAGGCCAGGAGCAGAUUCCUGGGGAGGGUUUCAUCCACAUUCAUUAUGGCCAGAAGCCUGAGGUGUCCAACGGAGUCUCAUCAGGUCAGCAACUCUCCCACGGCUACCAUAGCGACAAACGUCGUUUUAGCAAGGCCAGUAGCAGGGCCAGGUCAGAUGACCUAUCAGUGUGACCCUCCAGCAUGGGAAGACUGGGA